GUUUUAUUUUUCUUCUACCUGAGCCUAUCAUUUUGCGUUGCUCAACACUCCCUCUUUAGAAGAAUCCUAACUUCCUGUCUAUAACUCAACGUUGGAAGAGGCUCACUUACACGAUGGCGCCUGGGCAAGGAGGAUACCGCCAGAUCAACAAGGCGCUCAAUAUUUGUGCCUUUGAAGAUUAUUUGGAAAGCCAGCAAACACGCUUGCCCAAGCUAGAGGAUUUGGAACAACUCAGCCCACGAGUACUUCGCGUUCUUGGUCAGAAUCCAGGAAAGUUUACUCUCCAAGGAACAAACACCUACAUCGUCGGCACGGGAUCCAAACGUCUCAUCAUCGACACCGGCCAAGGCGUUCCCGACUGGGCUAACCUCAUCUCCUCCACACUCAGCACCUGCGACGUUUCCCUUUCCCACGUCCUCCUGACACACUGGCACGGCGACCACACAGGCGGCGUCCCGGAUCUGCUCCGCAUGUACCCGGAUCUUAAUCUCUCUAUAUACAAGCACACCCCAAGCAAGACGCAACAACCCAUCGCCGACGAGCAAAUAUUCCGCGUCGAGGGCGCCACCGUCCGCGCCGUGCACUCACCGGGCCACUCGCACGACCACAUGUGCUUCAUCCUCGAAGAAGAACAAGCCAUGUUCACAGGGGACAACGUAAUCGGCCACGGCACGGCGGCGGUGGAACACCUGAGCACCUGGAUGGAGACGCUACGCAAGAUGCAAUCGCAUGGCUGUGUGACGGGUUACCCGGCUCACGGAGUCGUCAUCGCGGACCUGCGGGGUAAGAUAGCGGGGGAGCUGGCGCAGAAGGUGAGAAGGGAGGGGCAGGUGUUGCAGGCGCUGGAGCAGACCAAGAAGGAGGAAAGGGUGGCGGGGGGACGGGGAAAGGGAAGCGUGACGGUUGGGGAGCUGGUGACGGCUAUGCAUGGGACUGGGGUGGAUACGGGGGUUAGGGAGCUUGCGUUGGAACCGUUCAUGGAGGAGGUGUUGAGGAAGCUGGCGGAGGAUGGGAGGGUGGCGUUUGAGGUUAGGGGUGGGGUGAAGAAGUGGUUUGCUCUCCAGGGGGUUUGA